AUGGCCGCCGGGUGGGGACGCGGCGGACGCCUCCUCGUCGCAGCAGCAAGCUUGCAAUGCUUGUGGAGCCUCGCUCUGGGCGCUGUGGACAUCUACGCACUUCUUGUCAAGCGUUCCUUCCGGUCUCCUCGAGCCACCACCAUAUAUUCCAUCGGGGACUGGGUCACAGGCGCGCUGACGUUCGCUGCAGCAAGUGGAUCAGCAGGCAUCACCAUUCUCCUCGACGACGACCUGAUGUUGUGCUCGGAGAACCACUGCCCAAGCUUCAUGGCCGCCACCGCCAUGGCUUUCUUUAGCUGGUUCGCGAUCGCGCCGUCCUGCCUCUUUAACCUCAUGAUGGCGGUCUACAGAGUGCAGAGAGCUUCGUAGUUCGUGGCGCAAGUACCGGGCUGUUUGACCGACCAACUAGGUGGCACAUCUGAUAUAGUUACACAAUGGCACCAUAUUAUCGACAUUUCUGUAGCAAUUAGGGAGUAGCUUUGAUGUUCAGAAGGGUGGCUGUGAAGCUCUGCAUUCUGUUUUCAGCAGCGCGUGAAUGCCUGCCUUCUUAUUAUGUGAGGCUUGGCUGGUGGUUGUGAUCUGGAUUUUGGAGAUGAACUAACUGAUGGGCUACUUGUGUGGAGCUCAAGGCUGCUGA